AUGUCUGCCCACUGGGUGUUCACCACCACCGCCCCGAACCAACAACACCAAGACCAAGCCUCGCGCCGCCUCACCGACUUCACCAACUUCGUCCCCUACGCCGGCGACGACGACGAUGACUCCUCCUCCUCCUCCUCAGCCAUGUCCUCCCACUUCCCCUUCCUCCUCCUUCCCCCCGAACUCCGCAACCGCAUCUACACCCACCUCGCCAUCGCCGCAGGCCACUACUACGAAACAGCCGGGCUGCUGGGGCCGACCAACCCGUACCGCACCUCCGACAUCACCGCGAUCCCGACGCUGCCCUCGCUCAUCAGCUCGCGCUGGCUGAGCGGGCUGCUCCUCGCGAACCGCCAACUCCGACGCGAGACGAUUUCGGCCAUCUACAGCGCGCCGGUCGGCAUGGCCGUGGCGGUGUGCCCGUGGGCGGGCGACACGAUACGCAGCGACCGCCGCCGCCGCCAGCACCACCUGUGGCAGUGGGAGUGGCAGCGGCAGCGGCAGCAGCAGAAGGAAGAACAGCAGCAGGCGCGGCACGACGCGCGGCUGCAGGCCGUCUCGUACACGCUGCCGCGGACGGUGCUGGGGCUGUAUGUCGCGAGGCUGGAGCUGAAUGCUGCUGGUGGUGGUGUGGGGCCGACGCUGGUCAAGGACGUCGACUAUUGGCAGCGGAAGAUGGAGCAUGUGGUUAUGUGCGUGUGUCCGCGGGUGAGGCGGUUGGCCGUGGCGGUCGAGGGGGAUGAUGGGGUGCAGUGGUUCGCGUUGGGGCAGAAUGUGGAUGUUAUGGAGGAUGGCACGGUUUACGCGAGCGCGGGGGGAGCGUGGGUGAGCGGGUUGUGGGCGAUGGAUUUGGAGGUUGUGGAUGGGAGCGAGAGCGAUGAUGAUGAUGAUGAGGAGGAGGAGGAGGAAGAGGAGGAAGAAGAGGAAGAAGAGGAAGAGGAGGAGUAUGACGACGGCUACGACCACGACAAAUAUGAGCUGGAGCUGUCGGUGACGAAGCGACCGCGGGCGGCGGACAUGCUGAAACGGCGCCCUGAGAUCUCUGGCUUGCUGGCGUGGGUUCCGCCGGUCCAGUCGGAGCUGCGCGAGUACAGCGUCGUGGUAAGGCAGAAUCUUGGUGUGUCGGUUUUGGAUGUCGCCGGGAAGGUCGAGAAGAGGAGGGUGCCAGGCUCGCCGUUUAAGUUCGAGAGGUGGUCGUUGGACUUGACAUUUUGGGAGGUGGUUCGGGACUGGUUGGUCAUGGUGGCCAAAGACAGAAGGAGGAGGGCGUGGAUGGCCCGUACCUUGAUUGGCCAGGGCAGAACACAUGCCUCUCCACUCCUAAAUCUCCCUACCGUUAUCGCCGCUACGCUAACCAUCCGCGCCGAAGCUGUGUACUACGCCUGGGUGGACGCUGGGAAGCCGUCGGCCAAAGAAAUAAAAGAGGGAGGCCUUGAUGCCUUUGGAGGGCCUUUGGAGUGCCUUUUUGCGUUGGACCUUGCAUGA